AUGUGGCCUGGUUGGUGCAAAAUCUCCCAUAUGAUUGUCUUUGGCGACAGCUAUACUGCCACUGGCUUCAACGUAUCUGGUGCUCAACCUUGUGUUGACAAUCCGCUGGGAAACCCUCCAUUCCCGGGCCAUACAUCCUCCAAUGGCCCCAAUUGGGUUGACUACCUGACCUUGGACUACAAUGCUACCUACCUGCAAACUGUGAACCUGGCCUAUGGAGGUGCCACUGUCGACUCUGCUUUAGUCACACCCUACCUGCCCACAGUGUUGUCUGUAAAGCAACAGAUCCAGGACGAGUAUCAGAAGACGUACGCAAACCAUCCAGCGACUUUCGCAUGGAAGGCAAAAAACACAUUGUUCGCCAUCUGGAUAGGCAUUAACGACGUCGGAAAUGCCUAUGCUUGGUCCAAUAGUUCACAAGUCUAUCCAAAGAUCUGGUCGACUUACAGCUCGCUCGUAGAAGAGCUAUACACUUCUGGCGCCAGGAACUUCUUAUUCAUCAACGUCCCUCCCGUCAAUCGGUCGCCAUUGACUAUGGCCCAGCCGUACCAGUCGCAAACUCAAGAGCGAAAGGACAUCGAAGCCUGGAAUGCAAACCUCACGACCAUGGUCAAUGAUCUGCAUAAGAAGCACAAAGAUACCACUGUCUUCCCAUUCGAUGCGUACAAGCUUUUCGGCCAAGUUCUAGACGACCCGUGUUCGUUCGACAAGACUUAUCCUUACAAAAACACCACAAGUUAUUGCGAAGCAUAUGCGAAUGGAACACCUGACUGGUACACAUACAAUGCCACUUGCGGAAUCAGCGUCGACCAGUACUUCUGGUUGAACAGUCUACAUCCCACAUUCAGAAUGCACGAUCUGCUUGCGCAGCAAAUUGGCGACGUCUUGAACAAUUCUGGUAAAUGGAGUAGCUAG